UCCAAGCUGCAAUCAUUAACAUGUUGGGCCAGGUGCCGUACGUAAUAUGGAUGGGUACAAUGCUAGUGUUAGGUGGCUGGUUCGGUUAUGGCGCUCAAGGUCAAAGACUUGCCGAACAAAAGUGCGAGGAAUAUCGGAAGAUCCUUAGCAAAAAGCAAAGCGUUAUACCGCUCACGCUUCAUCCAACAGCGAUCGAGUUCGAGGUCUUUAACUGCACUAACGUUGUGCAGCUAAUCGUCGGUGGUGAGGAAGCGAAGCUCGGCGAGUUUCCCCAUCACGCCCUGCUCGGUUAUCCAAAAGAAACGGAUCAAGAAGAGUACGACUUUCGGUGCGGUGGAACUCUCAUUAGUGAUCAACACGUCUUGACCGCGGCCCACUGCUUCUCGGAUGACACGCCAACCGUGGUGCGACUCGCCGAAUACGAUAUAACAUACAGGACCUACACCGAGUUCCAGACCGAUAUCGCUGAAAUUCUUCGGCAUCCGGAUUACAUGAACACGCGGGUAUAUAAUGAUAUCGCGAUAGUGAAGCUAAAGAAUAAGGCUCCGUUGUCGAAGGACAUCCUGCCGGCUUGUUUGUGGACCAACGAGCACCGCAACCUCACGCGUUACAUUGCGACCGGAUUCGGCUAUAACGAAACACUUGGUGGUGAGCUGUCCAAAACUAUGAAGAAAGUGCAGUUGGACGAGUUCCCGGUGGACGAUUGCACUCAAUCAUUUAAAUACGAUCGACGAUUCCGCAACGGAGUUCGGGAGGGUCAGCUAUGUGUUGGGAGCAUUGUAGAAGGUCGCGACACCUGCCAAGGCGAUUCGGGUGGACCCCUACAGGUGGUGACCAACUCGAAAACCUGCACAUAUGCCGUGGUGGGCAUUACAUCAACCGGUGGGGCAUGCGGCAUUGGUCAGUCGAAGGCGGUCUACACCAAGGUAUCGCAUUACAUCGAUUGGAUAGAAGACAACGUUUGGGGCGCUAAUGCGUUGUGAUGUGAUUACGUAUAAAAUGGUUCUAAGAAGUGCAUGAGAAAAAGUCUAACUACCAUGAUUGAGCUAUUUCAAGUAAGGAGCAAAAAAAAGAGAAAAUCUCAAUGAUGAAUACUGCAAAAUGGACAAUUUAUUGGCUUAUGCUGUAUGUCUAU